CCAAUGUCGCCGAAACGUUGAAGAACAAUGCUCCCUCUAACCUUGAGUUCGCACUGAACACUCACACGACAAUCACUGAACAAUGGAACGACCGAUCUUGAUCUCCUCAUAACAGCUCCUUUUAAAACCCUCGAAUCCCAUUCCGACAUGCCGUCGAAUGCCUCGAAAAUCAUUACCCCUGCUACGAGACACGCGACGCAACUCCCUAUAAUUCCACCAUCAUUAUCACUCCCGACGGCGACGACCUGAUCGACUUCUUUACUCACUAAUAUUUGGCUCCGGCCGCACAAUACUUAGUACACGAUGCCAGGCUAUAGUGCUAACGCGCAGGCUGCGCUUAUAAAAGCCAUCAAACGAGUCUUCGAGCCGAAACGCAUGGUAGAAUCAGUCGAGGACCUCAUCGACGGUGUCACCCUUGGUCUAAUUUUACAUCAACUGGAUCCUAGCUUUGACACGUCCGCCCUCGAGACAAAUUCCAAUACAUCCCGCUACUUGACAAACAAGCGCAACAUUCAGAGCAUCUACAAGGGUCUCUUCCGCUACAUUCGACGAGCAGUUCCUGAGCUUGCUUGUCAGGCAAAGAAGUUCGACUACCAUGCAAUCGCCGAGAAUCCUGAUGCUCAAGGCAUCAGUCAGCUAUUGGCUGUCAUGUUGGGAGUGGCCGCACUAGGCCCCGAAGCCCAGCAUUAUAUUCCUCGGAUAACAGGUCUCGACAAACAUACUCAGGCAGAGAUUAUGCAAAUAAUCCAGACAAUACAACAGGAUAUCAACAGCUCACAAGGCGACGACGAUGUGGAUGAAGCCAUCGACGCUGUUAUGGAGGCGCGAGACAUCGAUCUACUCGUUGAAGAGCAGAAUGCAGCCUUGCGGUCACAACUUGACUUAACAAAGAGACAGCUGUCAGAUUAUAUCACCAGGCUUGAUCAUUUACAAACAAGUCACGAGGAGCUCCGGUUUGAUAAAGAGAAGAACGACCGGGAACUGGAGGUCUUGCGGAAGGCCACUAUAGAUGGUGCUAACAAUGCCGAGAUGAUCAAGAACCUAGAGAUUCAGGUGCAUGACCAGAUGGAACUCAUUGCUAGACAUGAGGAAACAAUACGAAGAGACGAGCGCAUCAAGUCGCAACUUGAAGCUGAAGUCCUCAAAUUGACAGAAAAAUGUAAAGAGGCAGAAGAGCUUCGCGACCAAGCAACGGAAUGGAAACACAAAGCUGAGGAUCUUGAGAAGAAAGCCAAUACUGCAGAGCGGUAUAAGCAGAAACUCGAGUCCCAGCAACAUCUCGUCAAGGAGGUGCAAAAUCUACAGUAUGAGAAGACAGAGUUACAAGACCAGAUUAAAAUCCUGCUGGAAGACCAAGAUAGGGGGACUCGUACGAGGAAAGCAGAGGAUGAGUUAACCAAGAUGAUUACUCAGUCCGAGCAACAUCUUUGGGACGAACGCAGCCAAAAGAACCAGCUGAUGAAGGACAUCGCAGCACUGGAGGACGAGGUGAUUCGUUUGAGGGCACGUCAAAGCCACGAUGAGAACUUCAUCAAGGAUCUCCAGGAGCAACUAGAGAGCGGAGGAGCCGCACAAAGUGCAGAACCCGGCGCGUUAGGUGUGGCAGGAAAUCUCGAGGAUGAACUUAACGAUGCAGCUACCGAGGACGGCCAACCUAGCCAAGUUAACCUACCCCUAGAACUAUCUCGCCUAAAGGCCGAGAACGAUUUGUUGCGUAGCACAGUCGGUUCUGGGGAUACUGCGCCGCUACGCCGAGAGCUGGACGAAGAGAAGCGACAACGUGCUCACCUUCAAAAGAACUAUAACGACAUUUUCGAAAAGCAUGCUGUUUUGCAUGAUCAAAUGGAGGCUCUGAUCAACAACAUGACCGGCGAAGGGUUAGUCAAAGCAAUUGAUGAAGCCGAUGCUCCUGAUGGGAAUCACAUACUUACUUCGGAUUACUACAGGACCAAGGCCUUUCUCAACAUUAAGCAGUCAUUAUUGCAGUGCGAAUUCGAACUCGAACAGUCGAAGAAGAGGGAGAAGGACCUCUCCGUUCAGGUGGCAGAUCAAGGCCGCGAACUUCUUGCUGCUAAGGCUCAGCUCUCGGCUCUUGACAAAGAGGGGGCAGAUGCUCUUAAGGAGCUCAAGAGCGCUGAUGUUACCAUCAUCUCAUCCCUCAAGUCUGAGCUCGACUACACAAGAGAGCAGCUCAGCUAUACCAUUGCUGAACGAGAUGCGCAGCAAACCCAGCUUGUCGAUGCUCUCCUUACCAAGGAUAAGCUACGUAAGGAGGUUGAAGAGGGCCGGGAGCUGCAAGACAUCAAUGGCACAGGCGAUGCACCACCUGACCCCAGCAAGAAGGGCGAGCUGAUUGAGAAGCUGCGUGCCCGCCUCAGAGAAAUCCGCGAGCAACUUGAACGAUCAGAGACGGACAGGAUCGACCUACAACGUAAACUCAAGGCUGCACACGAUGGGGAGGCCGUGGCUGCACAAAAGGCCGCGAGCGAUCAAAUUAUCCGGAACCUUGAAAGAGAGAACGCUCUCAUCUCAUCAGCAUGGUAUGAUCUUACGAGCCGGCUUCAGAGCAACCAUGUCGUUUUGCAAAGGCGGCACGAAGCUCCGCGGAGCUGGCUUAACAAGCAGAGGCAGAUGGUCAAUGACUCAACGAAUUACGCUCUCAAGUUGUGUGACAUAACUCUUACUACCUACCUUACCAAACGCCAGUCUCUCCCUCGACGUAUUCACUCCCACCCAUACUGGCUUAUUUUACCCGGCCCUCAAGAUUGCCCCUUAUCCUUUCUUGAUCCCGACAUUCUCAUAAUUGCCGACACCGCCUUGGAAAUCAGGGUGUCGUAUUUUCCUCUUUCUAUUUUUGAAGCAUUGCGAGGGAGCUUGUAUAGAUGUUAUGCCGAGGAGUCCUAUAUAGGGCUCCAAAUGCGUUUCAAUAGAGACUCAGGCCAAAUAUUGCAGAGUCAUAGUUUGAUCAAUAUUGAAACUGAGGUUGUGUAA